CGCCUCGAAGACUAGAUGAGGCAACACCAGCGCUGCGGAGGCAGAGAGGGAAAUAAGCACAAGAAUAACCCACGAGGAGGGCGAGUCUGGAAAAAGCCUCCAAUUUCCCGUGCGGGAAAGCAUCCUCCUCCUCCGCCUUCUCCUCCACUUUACCCCCCUUCCAGCCCCCUGACCCCGCGGAACACAGCCAACGCCGCUGAGGCCGGAGAGUUCCGACCGGGGCGGGGCAGCCCGGGCUCGGCCCCAAACACCGCCCGGCCCGCCCCGCCCCGCGGCCUUAAAAUGGCGGCGGCGGUGAGGGGGAGCUGGCAGGGCGCAGUCAUGGCUGUCCAGGGAGUGUCCGUGCUGCUGUUGCUCACAGCGGCCCUGCUCUUCUUCGCUGGCGCCGUGCGAGCUGGACGUGUCCGCUCGGGGCUAGUGGGCGCCCCGCAGCCCAUCGAGGACCCUGAGAACGAUGAGGGGCUGGAGCGGGCUCUGCAGUUCGCCAUGACGGCGUACAACAGGGCUAGCAACGACAUGUACACCAGCCGGGUGGUGCGGAUCAUCAGCGCCGAGAAGCAGAUCGUGGCUGGAGUCAAGUACAUAAUGGAAGUGGAGAUUGCCCGGACUACCUGCACAAAGCCAGCGACUGAUAUCCAGCACUGUGCGUUCCAUGAGGAGCCGCAGAUGGCCAAGCACACCAUUUGCAACUUCGUGGUGUUGAAUGUUCCUUGGCGAAACCAGGUGGAGCUGUUGGAGAGCAAGUGCCAGUAAGCCUAUCUAGAUUCCAGCAGAGACCAGCAACCAGUUGUUCAGAUUUGAAAGAAAAAAGCAAUAACACACACUGAGAUGGGCUUUAUCAAUGCCUGUAACUUGGCUACUGACAUAUGCUUGUGCUAUGCAAAUUAAACCAUGUAACUUCACUUUUAAAGCACAGUAUGAUCUCAACUUUUUCUUCUUUGGAGUUAUUUUAGAGCAGCUGUUUUGGUCUUCUACAACUUUCCCAAUAAAUGCACUACAGCAUCAGAAUUCUUAUUAAAACCCCUUGGUUAUAGGUUGACUAUUGUAAACAUAAAAACUUAAUAAUUACCA